AUGUGGGCGCUGACUUUGUUGCUAUUAACAUCGGCACAAUCACUCGGAGAGGAUGUUCAAGUUUUCAUCGAAGAGGAACAUCAUGAGGUUAUUUUACACUGGAUAAGCGCUCUCGAGCGGAAGGGGUGGCCAAAAGCAGAUUUGAUCCACAUUGAUGGACACAGUGACAUGGAUUAUCCAGAACUUGUCAACAGUCUGCCGGUUGGACAUGUCCCAAACUCGCCGAGCCAAAUUUCCGCAAUGAUGCAACGCAACGACCAAUUCAUUCAGGCAGCCAUUGUGGGCAACUUGAUUCGCUCCGUUUAUAUAAUUCUUCCCACGUGGACUUCCAACGAAAGUGUCGCCUUCAAUGCCUCGAUUGGUAAAACAUCCAAAAAUUUCACUAACAGGCACCAGCUCUGCCUCUGCUUUACCGACCAAAACUCCAACAAGAAUGAAACCUGCCAAACCCGAAGUCUGGGAUCUGAAGACACAGAACUGCAAAUUUUACCUCACCUCUGCACACCUCGAAUUUCCUCAUACCGUCACGUGGAACUGAAUUCUUACACUGCUGUUAGGGGUACGCUCCAACGAAUGCUUCAAAAGCAGGAUCCGGCUACCCUGAUCAUCGAUAUAGACGAGGAUUUCUUUGGGGUUCAACUUCCGGCUUCAAGUCUUCUCCAGAAUGAUUGUGAUCUGAUCGACCUUUUUGAAAUCUCCAACACAUUUCAUAGUAUUUUCUGUCCUCCGGUCAGUAUGACUGGAGCAGAAGAACUCGAGAUCGAUUCCUGGUUUCAGCAAACCAUCAAGUCAUUCGCCAUGGCUGGAUGCUUUUCUCCUACUGUGUGCUUAGAUAUGUAUUAUAACUCCAGUCUUCCAAUCUGCUGUCGGAACAAAGCAUUAAAGGCAAUAUCAGAGACGGGAAUAUGCUUGGAAGCUGCCAGCAGAACUUUCCAGACCAAACCGAAAAUAGGCCUUUGUUUAGGGCACAAUCUUCCAGGAGCUUCUGUUGUUCCGGAGUUUGUUCCAUCCUACAAAAAUAUCGUAGGACUGGCUCGGAAUAUGACUCGCAUCCUGAAUGCUACCCUUGCCAGAAGACCAAUUGUUAUCACAAUUGCGAGGUCGUCUCGGGACGGUUAUGUGGUACGAAAGUUGCAACCGAUGAUUGAAUUGGCAAUCAAGAUGGUACUGAAACGUGUGUUUAAUCUCACGGAUGCAAAUUUCCACUAUUCAGAUUAUUUGGCUGGUGGCAAAAUUGGUUGGGUGGAUCGCUAUCGUGAAACAAUCAAAAUAUGA